AAACUACGAUACUCUAAAAUUAAUAGAUAAUUUAUAAAUUACCUGAACACAUAAACUACGAUACUCUAAAAUUAAUAGAUAAUUGAUGUUAAAAUAAACAAAUAAUAUUGUAUCAUCAAUCCUUACCGUAAUUCUUAUUUGAAAAUGAUCAUAUUUGUCUUAUUCUUGUUUAAACACAAAGUUACGCAAUGGCGGUAUCGAAAUCCGAUUUUUAACGUUAUAAACCCACAGACUUGCCACUGAACCACCCGGGACCAAAUAUGAUUAUAAAAAAAUUGUAAAAAUUAGAACUCACCAAUUACUCUAGUUCGCACCCUAACGGUUCUUCUUCAUACAAUUUGUUUACUACUACUACUACUACUCUGUCUGUCUGUUGUAUCCGAGCGGCCUGUUAUAAGACGAAAGGUCUUACCGCCACUAACCAUGAACAUACUGUGUAGUUCACAUGUCAUACAUUUCUCAUUUCUUUUACUUUUUUCCUCUAAGUUUAAUGACCUUGAUUUUUGACUACUAACAGUUGAAUAUUCUUCCGCGAGGUUUCGCAACUCAUAACUUCGGCUAUCUCAGAAUUAGCAAAUAAAUAAAUAAAGUUAUAAUACUGCCUUAUCACGGUGACUCCUGGGUAUGUGAUCUCGAACCUUUUGAGUACAUUCCAUACUAACUGUGUAAACUUUAAUUUUCAUAUAAAUAUAUCAUAAAUGUAACGUAUUUAUAACACGUUUUUAUGUAACAAGUAUGGAAGUGAAGUUUCUAAUACCCGUGGCAACUUUGAGAACUACGUAAACCUCACGAGCCCCCGGAAAUAUAUAUUAAGAGCGGAGACGUAAUAUUAACUUGUUUUGUGCACUCUUAAGCUUUGUCAGAUAUGGUAGUAGUGUCGUUUUCUCUAAAUGUUCUUAGUUAAUUAACGGAAGUACGUUCAAGAGCAGUAUUUAAACGCCUGUUUUAAAAGAGAGGAAGUUUCUUUAUCAAUUCAGUGUUUUUCGCCAUCAUGGUGCUUUGUAACUUGGCGUAGCGCCAGUAUUCAAAGUGUAAACAUCAGCGUGUAUUAUGAAAAAUGAUUUAUUAAAUAGUUUGAUUGACCAAAUCAUACCUUUUCAUAAAAAUAUUCGCAUCAUUCUAACGGUUGUUCAUCCUUAUCAUGAAUAUGUUGAAAGUUGGAAAUAAAACUUUUACUGACUGAUUUCACUGCCUGAUGAUUGUUAGGAUUUUACUGGAGGAUAUUUGACUUUUUACCAUGUUUGAAAAGCAAGUUCGUUUUUCCUGUUUCCACAUCAUUCUGCUUUUUCUAGCAGUUAUACCUACGUCGUAUGAAUUUAUUUGUCGAAAGGACUAUGAUAAAAACUGCAGUUCUGUGUUAUGUGGUGAAACUGCCUAUGGACAUUACUUGACUUGUUUGCCAACCAAAGUUUCAAAAUAUAUACACUUUCGUCAAAAUAUCGAAUAUAAUUACAGGAUCGAAUACUCGUUAUAUAAAUAUCUCAAGGUCGAAUGUUAUAGCUCAGCUCCUUACAAGUUUGCCAUGUUUAGAGAACUUGAUGUGGCAGAAAUUGAUUACUUAAUCUUUUUGAAGUGUCCUUUACCAAAUCUAAGUUUCAGUGAUCUUUUUAAUGGGUUGACAGUAAGAAAAUUGAGAUUCGAAAGUAGAAUAAAAGAUUCAAUGUUUGUCACACUUUUUGAAGAUCUAACUUCGUUGGAAAGUUUGAAUCUUUCUUGGAAUGAAAUUUCUUUUUUACCAGAAGACAUUUUUCAGAACCUUAUAAAAAUCGAGUAUCUUCGACUUUCUAAUAACCAAUUACAAACUAUGCCUGAAAACAUUUUUCAACCUUUAAGUAAUUUAGAAAAUUUGGAGCUAGGGUCCAACAAAUUAUCUCACCUUCCAAAAAACCUUUUUAGAAAUCUUGUUAAACUUAAACGUAUAUACUUGUACAGUAAUCAGCUCAGUGUUCUUCCGAGUAAUGUAUUUAACAACCUUAAUUCAUUGGAAGUGUUGGAGUUAUCUGGAAAUCGUUUUACUGAAUUACCAGAAGGUAUAUUUUCAGGUCUUCCCAAACUUAGAGGAUUAGGUUUAGCCAACAACAAAUUCAAAACUUUACCAACUGGACUCUUUCGAGAAAAUUCUGCUCUUGAAGAGUUGAAGCUUAGUGGUAACCCAAGCUUUAAACACUUUCCUGGUGGUCUGUUAGCGGGAUUGGUAAAUCUAAAGAACCUGUCCAUCAAUGACUGUAACAUAACAAGAAUAGAUGUUUCGUUCUUCUCUCAGGUUCCCAGUUUGGUUGAGAUAAAAAUGCGAAACAACAGACUAACUUAUUUGCCCAUUGGCACAUUCCAGAAUAAUUCAAAUUUACGUAAUUUGCAGAUGCUGUUUAACGACCUUAUCUCGUUACCCGUUGGUUUAUUUGGGAAACAGUUCAAUCUUAUAAAGCUUAAUUUAUUUAAAAACGAUAUACAAAAACUGGAAGCAGGAAUUUUUGACAUGCUUGUGAGUGUGCAGGAAAUCAAUCUGGGAUACAAUUUUAUCAGAUAUAUUAAUGAAAUCGUUUUCAAAAUGUUGAAGAACUUGGAGACUUUAAUUCUUACAGGUAAUCAGAUCACAACAUUAGAGACAUAUAAUUAUUUAGAUAAUCUAAUAAAUCUCAAGAUAAUUGACUUGUCAAAGAACAAUCUCACAACGUUUCCUGAUGUUAGCGUGGUGGCGGCAACAAACGUAAAAUUAAUAAAUCUGAAAUACAACCAAAUCUCACAUCUUAAGAUCCCACUUCUAGCUUCUAAUGAUGUACAUAUCUUCCUACAAGGUAAUCAAAUUAGAACGGUUUCGGUGUCUAAUAUUCAAAAUUAUAACAAUAAUAUGUCAUCAUAUGGAACAUUUUCCUCCUCAAAUAAGCAUAUUUCAGGAUCUCGGGUAUUCUUUCUCCAGAAUAAUCAAUUUCAGUGUGAUUGUCUCAUGUUGGAUUUUGCUGAUCAUUUGAGAAAUAGUUUUGACGAUUAUGGCCAUAUUGUAAAUUUCCAUGGCUCAAAUGAAUUGGUUUGUAGCGGCCCACCAAACCUGAUAACAAAAACUGUAACCAGUGUUCUAAGAACAGAAUUUACGUGUCUUGUAGAAGGUAAUUGUCCAAAGUUGUGCCGUUGUUUUCUCAGAGCUUCUGAUAAUAAAGUGAUAGUGAACUGUAGUGGUCUAUAUCAGGAUACGCUGCCUCUUCUUUUCCCGGAGAAUACAUCUGUUUUACAUUUUGAGAACAAUAGUCUCACAUCCCUCAGUGAACUUUCAUCUGAAGUAUACCAAACUCUGACAGAAUUAUAUCUGGACAGCAAUCUCAUAUCUUCAAUCGAAAAUUGGAAUUUUCCUCCAAAACUCGAACUGAUGUCUUUGAGGGAAAAUUAUCUAAAUCGAGUUUCAAUGGAUCUGAUUAAAGAAGCUGAUAAAUUAUCGAAUUUUGCACUUCGUCUUGGAAAUAAUCCAUGGAAAUGCGACUGUCAAACAUUAGAGUUUAAAUUAUGGCUUACCGAACAUUUGCAGAACAUUACAGAUAUCCAGGAUAUUUAUUGUUUUGUAACAUUAAAUGGAACAUCAAGAAAAAUUCCGCUUGUUGAAACACCAGAUAAUGUUUUGUGUCCACACAACGAUUUGUCACAAAAAAUUAAGUUAAUAACUGUUUCAAUAAUAUGCGUGGUAUUGGCACUGUUAUUGUUCACUAUUUCAGUGCUUUAUUAUCGUAAUAAGCAGACGGUCAUUGCCUACUUUUAUUUUCACUUUUACGGAGUUUUCACUUGUUUCUUCACUCACGAUGAAUUAGACGAAAACAAGCUGUAUGAUGCCUUCAUUUCAUAUUGCAGCUCGGACAGUGACAUUGCCUUCAAUAUUUUAAAAGAAUUAGAAACAAAGGAACCAUACUUCAAACUAUGUACUCAUGAUCGUGAUUGGUUGGCUGGAAAUGCUAUUAGUUCCAACAUUGUUUACUCAGUUCAAAACAGUAAAAGAAUAAUAUUGAUCCUUUCCAAAGAUUUCGUGGAAAGUGCGUGGUUUCAUAUUGAAUUUCAUGCAGCUCAUUACCAAACGUUGGAAGACAAAGUAAAUCGCCUGAUUGUUGUAGUUAGAAAUAAUCUCCCACCUAAGGAUGCGCUUGACAAAGACCUUCAGUACCUACUAUCCACAAAGACGUACCUUGUGUGGAAAGAACGUUGGUUUUGGGAAAAGUUAAGAUACGCCAUGCCUCACCAGACAUCACUGAAAACUGUUGAGAAUAAAAAGUUUUACUGUGAUCAGUCACCAUCGUCAAUUUUAAAAACUGCAGAGAAUCCAAUAGAAAACUAUGCUAAUAACAGAAAAAAGAGUAAACGAAACAGUUUUGUUUCUGGUAAAUCUAAAAGUAAAAAUUCAAAGGAGGGCACAAGGAAAGCACAAACGUUGCAGAAUAAGUUAUGAUCUGUUCAAAGAUGUUCACUGUUGUGAAAUGUAUGCAUGAACAUUUAUACUUGUCAAACAUUUAUGUGUUUGUAUAGUUCAAUCAAGUAUAAGUUAGAAAUAUUUCUUUUAGAAUUUGUUGAAUAAUGUACGUAUUAAGGAAGAAUAUGUAAUUAUACCAAUCUUUAAAUUUAGAUAUUCUAUUGAUGCAAUAGCAUUUUACACCGCCAAUAAGAAAUACUUUUUGUACACGUGAUAAGUUAGGGUUUCCUGUUGUGUAUAUAUAUAUAUUUACAUAUAACGUCUGACUGGUCCUUUAUGAAUUAUCACGUGAAAUCGAUAUCAAAUCAAGUAUCUCAAACUUUAUAUAUAUUCUUAUUUUGAGCCACUAUUUUCUAACUACACUUGCUCUGACAUAAUAAAUACAUAUCAUGUACUGACGUUUUUUUCUCAAUUGUAAAUUUAGAGUGUAGAACAAGUGAAUAAAAUCAAUGUUUCACACCCUUUA